UUUUCUCGAAAUCUCAUAGCCUUUUUCUUUAGAACUCCACAGGUAUACAUGGCCGGCGUUUGGGUGUUCAAAAACGGCGUCGUUCGACUGGUGGAGAAUGUAGGAGCCGAUACAUCGGACGGCGGGCAGCGGUCGAGACUUCGUCGGAAAGUGCUGGUGUUCUGUUCGACGGGGGAAGUGAUGACGUCAUACGCAACGUUGGAACAAAAAUUGAUGACGUUGGGUUGGGAGCGUUAUUACGACGAUCCAAACCUACUGCAAUUCCACAAGAGAUCGACGGUCCAUCUCAUUUCUCUUCCAAAGGACUUUGCCAAAUUCAAAUCGAUGCACAUGUAUGACAUCGUCGUUAAAAAUCGAUCUCAUUUCGAAGUUAGAGAUACCUAACUUGUCUCUUUCUAAAAAAACUGCUGCCGUUUUGUUUAAGUUUUUUUUGUGUGACAGUUCACGCUCGAGAAAAGUUAUUCAAUAUGAUUGCUAUAAUUAACGGUCUCUGAUGACCGUUGGAUGCAGAUUUAAAUUUUCUGUGUGAUAAAGACGUCGAAUACGAUAGCUAACCAUUGAGUACAGGUCCAAAUGGUUCGCGUGACGUAGAAUUGAGUUCGUUUUUGUUGGGUUUUAUUUGGAUUCCUAAGGGUGGUUGUGAGAAUAAAGAUUAAUGAAUGUAGGGUUUGGAUUGAA